AUGCUCGUUCUUGGGAUCGAAAGCAGUGCGAACAAACUUGGAAUAGGGCUGAUAAAGGAUGAUAAGAUAGUGUUUAACAAGCGGGUAACACACUUCACGCCCGCAGGCACAGGAUUUAUACCGUCCGAAACCGCAGCGCACCAUGCACGAAACAUAUUGCCCCUUCUUGAGGAGUGUAUCGAGGCCACAGGUAUAAGGUUGUCCGCUCUGGACCUCAUAGCCUACACAAAAGGACCGGGAAUGGCGGGUCCCUUGCAGGUGGGCGCUAUUGUGGCACGAACAUUGGCAUUGUAUCUUGAUAAGCCGAUUGUACCGGUAAACCACUGUGUAGCUCACAUCGAAAUGGGAAUAAAAAUUACCAAGGCCAAAAAUCCUAUCAUUCUGUACGCUAGCGGAGGAAAUACGCAGGUAAUAGCAUUUUCCGGAAAAUACAAAAUAUUUGGCGAGACUUUAGACAUAGCCGUUGGGAACUGCCUGGAUAGAUUUGCAAGACUUGCCAGAAUAUGUAACGAUCCAUCUCCUGGAAGAAACAUUGAGUUGCUUGCGCAGUCAUCACACGAGUAUCUGUACCUGCCGUACACUGUGAAGGGAAUGGACGUAUCCUUAACAGGUAUUCUUUCAUACAUUUCCUCAAAGUAUGACCUUAAUAAUGAAGAAACUGUGCAGGCGCUGUGUUAUUCUCUACAGGAAACGAUUUUUUCUGCGCUAGUGGAGGUUACGGAAAGGGCUAUGGCGCUUACCAAUUCAAAUGAAAUAAUGAUUGUGGGUGGUGUAGGAUGCAACGAAAGGCUGCAAGCGAUGAUGAAAGCCAUGGCGAGGGAACGGGGAGCGAUGCUUUACGCGAUGGAUGACAAUUACUGUGUUGAUAAUGGUGCUAUGAUAGCCCAUACAGGAAUGUUGAUGCACGAAAGCAAUCAGAUUUUUACGCUAGAGCAGUGCGAUGUUGUGCAACGUUUUAGGACUGAUACGGUGUCUGUCACGUGGAAAGAAUGAAGUAUUAUUAAACAGGUGAGUUAUGGCUAAAUUAAUGUAAAAGAUAGAUUUUUAGCGUUCAUUCAGGUGCUCUCCGCCAUAUUUUUAUCAAAAAGAGUUGUUGAAUGCUGCUUCAUCCUGAGACAGC